AUGACUGUGGAGGCAGCCCUGGUGAAAGGUUUGCUGGAGCGUUUUUAUAACCCUCCCGAAAUGCCAAGGCGGCAGAACGUGCGGACGCUGGCGCUCAUCAUAUGCACCUUCACCUACCUGCUGGUGGGAGCCGCCGUCUUCGACGCGCUGGAGUCGGAGGAAGAAACGGAGCAAAGGAGGAGGCUGGAGAUCAAGAGCCAGGAGCUGAAGAGCAAAUACAACCUCAGCGCUGAGAGCUACCGCGAACUCGAGUGGGUUGUCCUCAAGCUCAAGCCGCACAAGGCCGGGGUCCAGUGGAAAUUCGCCGGGUCUUUCUACUUCGCCAUCACCGUCAUCACCACUAUAGGUUAUGGCCACGCAGCCCCCAGCACGGAGGGGGGGAAGGUCUUCUGCAUGGUCUAUGCCCUGCUGGGGAUCCCCCUCACCCUCGUCAUGUUCCAGAGCUUGGGUGAGAGGAUCAACACCUUCGUCAGGUACCUCCUCCACCGCAUCAAGAAGUGCCUUGGCAUGAGGCGGGCGGAGGUCUCCAUGGCCAACAUGGUCACCAUUGGGUUCUUCUCCUGCAUCAGCACCCUCUGCAUCGGGGCAGCUGCCUUCUCCUACUACGAGCACUGGAGCUUCUUCCAUGCCUACUACUACUGCUUCAUCACCCUCACCACCAUAGGCUUUGGGGACUACGUGGCCCUGCAGAAAGACGAAGCCCUCCAGAACAAGCCCCAGUACGUGGCCUUCAGCUUCGUCUACAUCCUGACGGGCCUGACAGUCAUCGGGGCGUUCCUCAACCUGGUGGUGCUGCGUUUCAUGACCAUGAACGCCGAGGACGAGAAGCGGGACGCCGAGCACCGGGCUCUGCUCACCCGCAACGGCCAAGCCAGCACCAUCCACCCCACGGAGCCCAGCCCGCCGCCCGUCCCCGGGGCAGCGAGGGAUGCGGCAGCAGAGGAGAACACGCUUCGACGGGCAAACCAGGCUAAGAGGGGCUUAGACGGAGCUUCUGCCACUGCCGCCCGCAUCCACCAGGAGGAAACCCGCCGGGAAUCACAGCACUUCAAGUACUGA